ACAUUGGAAGCUAAAGCAGAUGUUAGGAAACAGCCUUGGUGACAUGGUCAAAGUUUGGGAAGCUAUGAAUUCUAACCUAAAAAUCCAAAUAGUAUCGAGAGCUGCUUUGAGACGCAUUGCAGAAGAGUUAUCGAGGCUUGAUUAUGUGUUAAAUAGUAGGGAAACAUGUGGUUGUACUAUGAGAACAAGUUAUGGGCUACCUUGUGCUUGUGAGAUGGGAAGAUCGAUUGUUGUUGGAAUCCCAUUACAAAUAGAAAGUGUUCAUCUUCAAUGGAGGAUACUAUCUAUGGAAGGUGACUUGCCUUUAGAUGAGGAAGCUGGUUCGGAGGUUGAUAUGAAUAAUGCAAUUGAUGAAUUGUGGAGAAGGUUUAAAUCACUAGAUGUUGUUGGAAAAAGAGCAUUGAAAAGUAGGGUUUGUGAAAUUGCAUAUCCCACAACAACUUCAUUGUGUCCACCACCUGAGAAAAUAAAAACUAAAGGCGGAGUGAAGAGGAAAGGGAAGAAACCAGUUGGGUAUGAUGUUUAUAGGGAUCCUUCAGGUUUUGAGUAUGCUGAUCAGGCGUCUCAAUGUUCACAAAAACAAUCGCAAGCAUCACAAACUUCCAGGAAGCAAUCACAAUCAAAGAAGCAAUCACAAGCAAAGGAUGAGGAUUUCACUCUUCAGUUUCCUUGUCAUAUUAGGCCAUAUAUUACCGAGAUUGUUAAUGUUGUAGCAGAUGGUAAUUGUGGAUUUAGAGCAAUUGCUUCGUGGCAUGGGUAUAGUGAGGAUGGUUGGGCAAUGGUUCGUCGUGACUUGGACAUGGAAUUAAGAGAAAAGAAGGACUUAUAUGAGAGAUUGUUCGGUCUAAGUUUAUCCGAAGUGAGGAAUGGAUUGUUGAUAGAUCAUGUUGGUUUUCAACCACCGGAGAAAUGGUUGACACUACCAGAGAUGGGUUAUUUGAUAGCGAAUCGGUAUAACAUUAUUCUUUUGCUGCUUGGUAACCCUUGCUUGACCUUUUUUCCUAUGACAACAACAUUUUCUCCAAGUGCUCCUACAUAUUGCAUUGGCCUUGUCAACAGGAAUCAUUAUCUUCGGGUUAAUAUGAAAGAAGGCUUCCCGCUGCCACCCGUCACGGUAGAUUGGAUGAAGUUUCGUCUUCAAGUGGCGACAUCUUGGAUGUUAGGAUUUGCUGGACGUCUUCAACAUUGGCAUCAUCUUACGCCUAUGUUACCAUCACGUGUUAAUAUAGAUUAAUUAAGUGACUUUAAUUUAUAUGUAAUA